GAGCUUUUUGCGCGGGAAAAGGGUGCCGCCCAGCUGUGUUCUCAGCGUCCCUGGAGUCAGGCUGAUUUCGCUGAGGUCGCCGCCCGCUCCGCACCGCUGCCGGCCAUGGGGCUUCUGGAGCUGUGCGAGAAAGUGUUCGGCACCGCCGACCUUUACCAAGUGUUGGGCGUGCGGCGCGAGGCCUCAGACGGCGAGGUCCGACGCGGCUAUCACAAGGUGUCCCUCCAGGUGCACCCGGACCGGGUGGGCGAGGGCGACAAGGAGGACGCCACCCGCCGCUUCCAGAUCCUUGGGAAGGUCUAUUCCGUUCUGAGUGACAAAGAUCAGAGAGCAGUGUACGAUGAGCAGGGAACAGUGGACGAGGAUUCUGAUGUGCUCAGCCAAGAUCGGGACUGGGAGGCCUAUUGGAGAUUACUGUUUAAAAAGAUAUCUCUAGAAGACAUUCAAGCUUUUGAGAAGACAUACAAAGGUUCAGAAGAAGAGCGGGCUGAUAUUAAACAGGCCUAUCUGGACUUCAAGGGUGACAUGGAUCAGAUCAUGGAGUCUGUGCUGUGUGUGCAGUACACAGAGGAACCCAGGAUAAGGAACAUUAUUCAACAAGCCAUUGAUGCCAGAGAGGUCCCGUCCUAUAAUGCCUUUGUCAAAGAAGCAAAGCAAAAGAUGUAUGCAAGGAAAAGGAGGGCUCAGGAAGAGGCUAAAGAAGCAGAAAUGAGCAGGAAGGAGUUGGGGCUUGAUGAAGGAGUGGAUAACUUGAAAACACUCAUUCAGAGCAGACAAAAGGAUCGGCAAAAGGAAAUGGACAAUUUUCUGGCUCAGAUGGAAGCAAAGUACUGCAAACCUUCCAAACGAGGAGGGAAAAAAACAACUCUCAAGAAAGAAAAGAAAUAAUGGAAUUUUCUCUUCAGAAGUCCUUAGGUGUUAAUUGAUGCCAUCUAGGCAAGGUGCCGUCAAGAUUUGAAAACAAAAGUUAACCCUUGAGAAAAGUUGUCUUUCAAGCCUAAAUUAUUCAGAUCAACUAUGUAAACCAAACAGAAUCUCUCAACCUGAUCUUAGUAUACCCUGGAAACACCCUGACAUUCUGUGAGGUCCUCCUAUGAAGGAAUUUGGUGGUGAUCAUUGAGGGAGCGGAAGGGUAUAUGCUUCUUGACAGCACUCUUCUAUGGGUCUUCUGUACAAGGAACUGUACCUAGAAUGCAGAUCUGUCCCUGCCACAUUUAGCAGUUGUCGUUUUGCCACACAGGAGAGAGCUGCAGGGUAUUCAGCAGUGUGUGUUUAUUAGAACAGGUACUCUACCUAGCCUUCAACACACUUGCUGGACGUCUGUCUUCCAAACACUUGCCAGUUUGAUUUCAGUCUUAAUGUUCUUGCAUAGACCCUCUCCUUUUUGUUUUACUCAACUAAGUUUUGCACUCUUUGCUUGAGGUUUAAAGGAGAAACAGGUGUUCAGAUAACUUCAAGCAUCUUUGUAAGAUUUAUACAUGAUUAAAUAAACAAGUAAAAAAAUGACUGUUAAGUUCCAGGGGCUUUUUAAAUGAUCCCAGUGUGAUCAUUUAAAAGAUGAUCUAGGGCUUCCCUGGUGGCGCAGUGGUUGAGAGUCCGCCUACCGAUGCAGGGGACAUGGAUUCGUGCCCCGGUCCGGGAGGAUCCCGCGUGCCUUGGAGCGGCUGGGCCCGUGGGCCUGUGCGUCCGGAGCCGGUGCUCCACAACGGGAGAGGCCGCAGUGGUGAGGGGCACGCGUACCGCAAAAAAAAAAAAAAGAUGAUCUAGAAAAGUUAUGAAUGGUGCUUAGGAUAAAGAAGAGAAGAAAAGUAGUUGUAAUCAGCAUUGUAGCCUGGUUUAAGUUGCCUCAAGAGAUGUAGUCCUGCCUGUAACUGCUGAAUGUCCUUAGGUCACUGAGCUUCUCUGAACUUCUUUCCUCUAUAAAAGAGUAAGGGAGCUGGGCUAAAUGACCUGUUAGAGGCUCCUUCUGACUCUUAACUUUAACCUUGAAAGGCAAGCUGUCUUGAUCCAGUGGUUUGUUAUUAUGUACUCCUGGUAUUGAUUUGUGAGAAUAGUACAGAGAUUUUCACUUACAUUUAGUUGAAUUGGUAUGAAUUCAUUAGAAUAUAUGGAAAUUUUUUAGGGACUGUUCAAUUUAAAAUCUCUGAUUUGUAAGCUAAUAUAUUCAAUACCAUAUACAUAAAACAAGCCUUCUGUUACUGAGAUUUAUGUAUCAUAAUUUAUCUGAGGUAAGCCCAUGACACAUUUUCAGUUUGUGAUUAUAAACAGGUUAGAAAAUACUCUUUAAUUGCAUUAAAAAUACAAUUUAAUGCAGGUUGUUUGAAGCAUCUGUCUUCAUAUGAUAGCAUUAGAUAACUGCGAAAUAAUAAAAUUACCCCAAUUGAAUUGGUCAACUCUGAAGAUUAACAGUAAGAUCUAAAACCAGUAUGAUCAUCAAAAUUAAAAUUCAGUGAAAUUUUAAAAAUAAAUUUAAGCCAUAGUUAAAACCAUUGCUGCAUUCAUGAGUGCACUCAGGAAAGGUCCACAUGAAAAUUGGAAGAAUGUCAAAGUUCUCUUCCUUUGCUCUUAGGAUAUGUUUAUACUGGACUAAUUUGCAGGGUUUCUGAAAUUUUAUGGAGUUGUGUCUUGCUGGCUCACUAAUAGAAAUAUUGUAUAAAUUUUAAAUUGCCUUUCUUAGAUCUGCAGGAGAAAAUCGGCAAGAUGAGUUUAAUAUUUGGAAAUAAAUACGACCACUAAAGUACUUUGAGAAGAAAAGAAGCAUAACCUGAUGUCAAGCAGGUGUUGUGAGGUUGAGUUGUCCUAUCUGAAAAAAAAAAUCCAUUAUGGUUUAUUACAUAGGUUACUUUACACCAGUGCUCAACAUUUAUGCCUUUAGUUACCCACCCCUGCCAUAUCUGUCUGCCUAUGGGAUUGGACAUCUAAAGAGAAAACUUUAGGAACAACUCAUCUGUUUGAUGAAUAGCUCAGAUUUUUGACAGCACUGUCUCCUAAAAAUGACGUAAAAGUGAGUACACCUGUCCAGAAAUU